AUUACAAAGCAUAUAAUAAUGAACUGUCGUACGGAAAUCGCUUGAAUGUGCUCAAACUAGUGAAGUUUACUGUAUAAAUAUAAACAGUGUAAUAAAAGGACAGUGUUUUUUACGUGAUACCAAUUUUUCUUCUUCUUCCUCUUCUUCAUCUGAAUGCAUGUGCAAGCGAUCGCAAUGAAACUGUUACAAUUAUGAUACUCGCUCCGAAACGACAGCAACGGAAUACUGAAAAGGUUCUUGACAUGAUUAUUGGGAUAGUGGAUUUCAUUCGCUUUUCUGGCAAAAACGUUUCGAAUUUAUAAUGGACUUUUCAUACGGCUAUUCGACAGCACACAUGGCUACCAAUGAAAGUGAUACAGUUGCCAAAUCACCAAUCGCCAUUACAUCGAACAAAUCGAGCACUAUAAAUGAUUCCAACGGCAAAGAAUGGAAAAGAGCAAUACCAGAGGCUGGUUAUAUUACACUCGGCACAAUACGAUAUGGUGUGAGAUUGGGCUGCCUUCCAUCCAACUGUACACAUUUCCGGUCGUCUUCACUUAGCACAGUCGAUCCCAUUUCGGGGACAUUUUCGCCAUCCACAUUAAAUGCACAUUCGACAAUGAGGAGCGAACAUGAUCAACAGCCAGGGAAUGUAAACGGUUUGCAGAAAUACAUUGACAAUUCAUCGAUUUCUUCAACGUCAAUGCCAAAUGUGUGCGACAGUGAUAAUAGUUUGAGUGAUGUUACAUCGGUAAAUGGUUCCUGCUGUUUGAAUACAACAAAAUGUUCAUUACCAUGGAUUAACAAGGUGGACUAUCCGAGACCAAGUGAUUUACCCAAGAAUAGAAUCGGUUUCGACCGAAAUCAGCCGACUGAAUCGGUCAUCUGUGCAAAUGUUUCAUCUCAGCAGCCAUUUUCCAACUAUGAAACGAAUAAAUUCAGUGACAAAUCUUCAAACGUAAAUUCAACAUCGGUGAAUUCAUGUGUUGUUGACGAUAUUUCUGUGGUAGAAAUAGGCGAAAAUCGUCAAUCGUUUUCAACGCCAAUUUGCUGUUAUAUUUCAGCAAAUCAAAUCGAUAAUAGUCAUAAAUCAAUCACAUCCACCGAGCAAAAAUCGUCCGCACAUUUGGAUGUUGUUGGGAAAAAUAAACGUAAAAAUCGUCGUCAAUCGCCUACACAUCAUCAGCAACAGCAGCAGCCGCAGCAGCAAAACGAGUGCGAGUGUUCGUUGCAAGCGAGAAAAUCAAAUGAAAAUGCCACAGCAAAACCGUGUCACACACUUGAAAAUCGAAAAAUAAUCAAUGUUGGCCAUAAAUUCAAUAGCAAUGUUAUUAAUUCGAUUGCAGAUCAGUCGCGGGUUGACGCAAAUCGUGUUAAUGCCAGUGAUUUUCAAGUAAAUAAAUCGAAAUUCCAUUGUUUGGACUACGAACACAGUGAUCAAUGUUGUUUUUGUUGUUACAGUGACUGUAAAAAAGGCCCACGAUUUAAAGCCAAUUAUAAAUGUGAUGAACAAUCAGUUGAAUGCGCUCAAUUUCAAGUGAAUCCCUCGAAUUUUCGUUGCAUCAGUAGUAGUGAUACAAAUGUGAACACAUCACAUUUGAAUAAUAAUUGUAAAUUGUAUAAAAAUCAAAAUAAUGAUCAAAAUUCAUUUUGUAAUUCGGAUACAACAACGCAAACGGAUAUUUUGGACCCGAAAAAGUGUCUAACACAUGAUAAUUCGUAUCAAAAUUCGACACAAUUUUAUGUCGAUCAUUCGAUACGAGCGAAUUGUAACAUUCAAAGUGAUAAAUGUGCAAAAAUUCAAAAACGAAAAACCGAUCCAAUACCAACGCCAAAACAAUCUCAUUUAAAUUACUUACGGCGUGUUCAAUCGAUUAACGAAAAUUGCAGUGAUUGCAUUGGACAAUUGGAUAAACGUUUUAUUAAGCAAAUAAAGCGACUUCAAUCGACUGAAUAUUGUCCAAAAAGUUCGUCACAUUUUCCGGAUAACGUUCGGUUGGCGCAGGAUGUGCAACAGAGCAAAUUGGUUUGUUGCUCAAGAAAUAUCACAGCUCAGAAAAAAACGGCAACACUUUUUAUGAUUGGCAAUGAUAGCUCCACAUUAAUUGGAAGCAUACCAAAAUUUAAAGAUAAAUCGGAACUUGUGCACGAUGAUGAUUUAGUCGACACGUGCCAAAAUUCAGUGAAUAAUAAUAACAACAAUUUCAAAACGCAAUAUAAUAGAACGAUAAAUGGUGGUUCCUAUAAAUCCAUUGACAGUAAAAUUCGAUUGACGUCAAUUUCGCCAGCUAAAGAAUCUCAUUCAAAAAAUACGGAUUGUAAUCAAAACAUAAAUUAUAAAAUUCGCUCUGGCCGUACGCAUAAACAUUUGAAAAGUGAUUGUGAUGAGAAUAAACGGUUGAAUUUGGUGAAUAAGAAGCAACACAAACACGAAGGCGUUAACGGUGACAACGACAACAACGACGACGUCGACGACGAUUAUUUGUGUCAUUUGGAAAAAUUAAAUUUAGCCAAUACAACUGAUUCAGCAGCCACCGUUGAACAAGUUAAACAAAAAAUUACACACAUUUCUUCAACGUAUCCAGACGACAACGGCGCCAUAACAACACACGCAACAGCUGCUCCAUCAUUAACAACAGUGGAAUACGAAUCGGAUAAAUCAAAACAAAAUAGUGAAUACACCGUGAUUGCAUGCACGGAUCAAAGUGCAGUUUCGUCAAGUGAUCAGUGCAAUAUUUUUGAAACAAAUUCAGAUACAGUGAAGAGUGGCAACGCUCACGAAUUUCAGUGUGAAUUGAAUAUAAGUGAUAAUGAAAAUACGGACCGUAAUUCAAACGGAAAUGUAUUACUUGAUGAUAAUUUGGUGUUGAAUACAAAAACGGAGAACAUUUCAAACGAAGAGUGCAUCCUUUUUGAACAUAAACCCAUUGUAUCGUCGUCCGCAGGUCAAAAUCGAAAUUUUAAUCGACGCGCUUCAUUUGAUAAUUCAAUCGAAAAAGAUCUUACUAUUUUUGUGAACCAUCGUCGAACGAACAGCAGCGGCGGUGAAGGAUAUUCAUUCGACCGACAAUCGAAAUUAAAUCGCAGUUACAUUGACUCUAUUUCGGACCGAUUUCGUUACAUUCAAAAUAUUGAUCAUCGAUAUGCCCAUUAUUUGACCCCAAAUACUCAACAAAAUAUGGAAAAGCGUAAUAAUACGUUGGAUCGUUGGCAGCGUUUACGUUUUGGUCGAAGAUCAGCAUCAAAUCCACCAGAAGAUAAAAAAGUAUCAAAUCACGAUUUGGAAUUGGCCAGCAAACGUUCAAGUGAUAAAUUAGAACGUUUACGUGAAAUAACUGAGUUAUUAAAAGGUCCACGAAAUAAUGCACAAAACCCCGUGGGUAAAAGUGAAGCAUCAAGUCACCAUGUGCCACCAAUUCCGCCGCCACGUAAACCUCGAAUAUCGCUGCAUCGAAACAGUGGCAGCAUUGAAAAGUUCAUCGAUACAUCGGCAUCAGAGUCUAGUAGCCCCAUAAUAAGCACAAAAUUCGAUCAUUCCACUGAAAAUGAUCCAUCCUAUACAACAUCGAUCGGUCAGAGUUUGUUUCAUGUUCCAACACCGCCGCCAUUACCACCACCUCCGUCGAGUUCAUUAAUCAAUAAACUUCGUCCCAAUACGAGUUUAUCAAAUCUUGAAAGUAUUUUGAAAAUUCGUGAUAAAGAAAAACCGAUGUUACCACUUCUCGAAGAAAAUGCACACAAAGAAACCGAAAAAGUGACGCAAACAAAUCGAUCGGCCUCAAAUACAAAUUCACAAAAACCAUUUCGUAGUGCAUCAUUUUCGCAAAUUGAUUAUUCGUCGGGAAAAUACAUUCGUUCAGCAUUGGGCGCAUUGAAAGCGUCGUUAAGCAAAGCAAAAUCGCCGCCAAUGAGUUUUUCAUGUAAAAAAGAACGCAGCGAAAGUUCAAGCCCAGAAGAUGCAAAACUGAACGAAUGCAAAGACAUUUGGAUUCCAUUGAAAGGACCUUUUGAUAAACGAAACGAUCUGAAUUUAGAUUUAAUAGACGCUUCGGCCACAGCCAAUAUGAUUUUGGAAGAAGAAUGUGAACACUCACCAAUUUCAAGUAAGAGCGAAACAUCGAUGGUGGAAAAGAGUGAUUGGUCACCAACGUCAUUGCCAUUCAAUACAAUCAAUGCCGCACAAAUGACCGUCGAUUCACCGCGUGAUGAAAGUGCCGCCGUGCAAGGUGUUGAUAACUAUUUUGAAACGGUGAAUCCAUGUUUGAUCCCAAUACCCGUAUUUGAAUGUUCACAUCUUGGUGAUAAAUGGAUAAAUACAUGUGAUGUAGACAGUGAAAAUGUGAAUGAACUAUCAAACAAGACUUUAAUUGUUGAGCCGAAUGAUGAUGAUAUACCGGCUUUUUUGGAAAUACAAUCCGAACAAAUGAAAUCAAAUGUGGGUGUGAGUUCGGCCAAUAAUGAUAUUAAAAAAGACGAACAUAGUAAGAGAAAUUCAAAUGUGGACGAACUAUCAGAUAGAUUGCGACAAAAAGCUCAAAGUCCAACAUUGGACAUAGAUACAUUACCAGCGAUUGCUGUGACGCCUGGUUCGAGUGUUAGCACCGUAAGUGGGUCUUCAUUUGAAGAAAUAGAUAAUGCAUCUACACAAUCACAAUCGCAACAACCACGAUCAGACUAUGCAUCCGACUAUGGAGUUGAAGUUCGUAAGCGUUACAGCAAUGAAGAUAAGAGCAGCGAUAGUAAUCCAUCUACAUCAACAUCUGGUACAAAUUCACCAAAAAGUCACGAUGAAAAGCGUCGAAUUGACAAAUCAAAACGACGAAAGGGUAUGUACAUACAAUGGGCAACUCUCGACAAACACAAUAAAGAAUUAAAUGCAGUUUCGUGGACAGUUGGCGACAGUUCAAAUGAUUUGUGUGAACGAAUUGUGCCUGAAAUCGAUAGUAAUGGUCAACCAAUUUGGCCCAUUGGUGCAUAUCAUCGAAAGGACCAUUUACAACUUGAAGGUCCAGAAAAGAUGCGUAAAAAUAAUUUAAAUAGUUUAUCAUCACUCGAACCAACCUCACCCGAAUCAGUUUUUACGUCGUCAAGAUCACAUUUGGAUAGUACCGGCAAAAGUCCAUGCGUUAGUUGUGAUGAAACUCAACCAAUAUCGGCCUCUUGUGAUGUGUUUACGCCUGAUUCGGAUUGUGGUAGACAACCUGUGUGGCCACAAAGAGGUACGACUCAAACUCGACGUCAAAGCUUAUCGCUACAAAGUUCCGAGGAAAAAGAUGAAUCACUUUCACUAGCAUCACCGCCACCACCAUCAAAACCGAGAAGUAAAAUAUUUUUACUACGUUCCGAUUCAAUAUCAGACAAUGAAAUGAGCGAUAGGACACCGCCGCCAAGAGAUCGAACGAGUCAAAGUCCUGCUCCAGAUCAUGAUUUAAAACGAUAUUCAAAACGUCCACUAAGAGGUCCAUAUGGUAUUUUACUCGAAGCCGAAAUGAAAAAACCGGCCAAACAAAAUUAUGACGGUGUAUUAGAAGAAUUGAAUCGAUCCGAAAGUCCGUAUAUGUUGUCAGCAAAGCAACGCGAUUCAAAUCUACUGGCGUACGAUGAUUUAGUGCCACCGUUCACGCAACGUAGCAUUUCACUGGGUAAAUCCAUAUCGUCACGAAAAUCCAGUGAAACGGAAAAUUCAUUGCCGAUUCCAGUACAUUGUCGAGCUGCGUCAACGCCAGCCCAUAUGGAGGCACCACGAAAUGAAGCCGUUCAUGCAUAUCAUAAACGAUUUCCAAGCUGUGUCGAAACAUCAUCGCGAAAAGAUACGAAAAGAAUCUCGACCGAUAGUUAUGGCGUUCGAAAUGCAGACGAUCGCCAUAGUAAACGUGCCACAUCCGAGAUAAAAGAUAAAAUUACCAAAAGAAAUGCAUCAUCACCGGCAGCCAUUUCAUUAUUGAAUGUUGGCAAUGAAAAAUCGACGCAUCGCCACGAUGACCGUGGCAAAUCACCGAUGAAACACAAUCAAUCAUUGCCACUCAAAGCGAGUCCGGAACUUUUGGCCGAAUUAUUAAGAGGUUCCAGUGAAAAAAUGACGACAUCCGAACGUGAACGAAAUAAAAAAAUGGUACAUACCGACGCAUAUGCGCUUCCAAUGGCUGUACAACAAUUUUUGGAUACACGAACGCACAUCGUUGUCGAACUAUUCAACACAGAAAAAUCAUACGUGGAAUCAUUGGAAACGGUAGUGAAGAAAUACCUAAAUCCGCUGAAGUCACAGGAGAAUGCAUCGCUUAUCGAAGCACAAACAGUCGAUGAGAUUUUUCUCAUGGUUCCAACCAUUCUUGGCAUUCAUCAACAAUUUCUUGACGCAUUACGAAGGAGGUUGGAAAGCUGGGAACCAUUGCAACGUGUUGGAGAUGCUUUCGUUCAUGUAUUCUCAACGUCAACUGUACUGGAGACAUAUACGUUAUUUGUAAAUAAUGUAAAUCGUGCGAAAUCUGCCAUUCGAACGGCAUCCAAUCAUCGGCCAGCAUUUGCACGAUUUCUCGAAAAUAUGGCACGCGAACACAAAGGCAAAUUAACAUUGGACAAUUUGUUAAUCAAACCAGUACAAAAGUUUCCAAACUAUGAAUUGAUGUUUCAAAGACUGAUAAAGCACACAGACAAAGAGCAUCCCGACCAACAGACAUUGGAAGAAGCUUUGAAGUUAGUACAUGACAUUUUAUUGCAUUUGAAUUGCAAAGAACGUGAAGCAUUGGAAAAUGACCAACGCGAGGCUGCUCUUCGUGAACUUGAAGGUGUCAUCGAAGGCAUUUCGGAUUUGGUGUCAAGCGAUCGACAAUUUUUAUCGUUUGAUUUAGUUUCAAUGCCACAUGGCGUUCAAGGUGGUCGCAAGGAACGUGGUUUCUUUUUAUUUAAUGAUUUGCUCAUUAUUACUAGCAUCAAACGACGCAGUGGAACGAUUAAAAAACCCAGCACAACCUGCCCCAUGAGCGUUGCUUCAACUCUCGAUACAAAUAAAUAUAAGCUGCUUAUGAAAAUUUGCAUAGAGGAUUUAGAUAUAAUCAAGGCUAAAGAUGAAAAUGUGCGAAAAAUCAUGAAAGAAAUCGAACAUUUAACAGAAGAUUGCACAAAAUUGCAGCAGGUGCUCGAUAUCACAUUGAGUCUUCGAUGUCAGCAUCAAACGAUCGAAGAAAAUGUACGAGAAUUACAGAAAGAAUUGCAGCGACAAUUAAGUGAACGACAAUCAAACGACUCACAACUGUGUUUAUUGGAAUUGGGACUGACUCAAUCUGGUGGUCAAUUGCAACACAUAACUGUUGUAUUUCCGAAGUCAGAAAAGCGUACGCAAUGGGAAAAAAUGUUUAACGAAGUUAAAAUGAAAAUAACAGCUGCCCUCGAUCAUCAUCCGAUUCCCGAAUUUAUUGAUAAAGUAUCUAUACGAAAGACGCGUGCUGGUCUUACAUUCACGUGCGCAGCGGCAACGCUUGGCGCACAAAAAGAUGUGUGGGUGUGCAAUAGUGAUGGAUACGUGGGUCAAGUGUGUGUGCUGAGCUUAUCACCUGAACCAACAGUUACAAGUUGUAAUGGCGUUUGUAAUGCGCGCAUAUUGUGUUUGGCAUCGGUGCCCGCAUGUAAUCGAAAAUUAAACGACAGUAUUGCAUCGUUGAGUAGCAAUGCAUCAUCGUCACCUAGUCGAAAAUCGCACGGUAGCUCAAAUUUGGAAAAGAAAACGAGUAAUGUUAGCACAAAAUCAAUUGCUUCGAAUGAUUCAAGCGGCGGUACGAACAGUAGCAGUGGAAAUGAACGUGAUAUUCAACUUGAUUCAAGUAGUUCGGAUGAUGAUUCUGAUGACGACACAGAACCAAAUCAACCAUUACGUCGAUUGAAUUCAACCAAAGCAAGUUCAACACCACAAUUGUCAACGUCGGCACCAAACUCAAGCAAUGACCACAGUCAAACGGUUGACGAUUGUUCAAAUGAUAAUCAACAACAUCAACCGACAAUGUGGUUAGGCACUGAAGAUGGAUGCAUUCAUGUAUACAAUUGUACCGAUAACAUUCGCACCAAAAAGAAUAAAAUUAAAAUACAACUUGUCAGCGCAAUAUAUUCAAUAUUAUAUCUUGAUAACAGAGUGUUUGUGUCGUUGGCAAAUGGUGAACUAGUCAUUUAUUCAAGAGACCAAAAUGGUACAUGGAAUACAACAUCUCCACAAACAAUUCUAUUGGGUUCGGCGACGAGUCCAAUUUCUAAAUUGUUAAAUGUCAACGGUAAAUUAUGGUGUUCCGUACAAGGUACAAUUAAAGUGAUGAACAGCUCAACACAGCAAAUUGAAAAUCAACUGCAAAUCUCAUCUGACAUAAAACCAAUAACAAAUAUGGCCGUGUACAAUAAUCAAGUAUGGAUAUCGGUGCAAAAUUCCGCUCAAAUCAAAUGUUUUCAUUCCAAAAGCCUUGCACUUCUGUUCGAAGUGAAUUUGGCGCCUUCAGUUAACAAAAUGCUUUCCAAUUGUGAUGAUAUCAUUCGCCAGCAUAAGGCAGCAUGUCUUCGUGUAACAUCGCUUCUUGCGUGCAAAGAUUUAAUUUGGAUUGGUACGAGUGCCGGUGUGAUUUUAACGUGCAAAACAACCGGCAAUGCCACUUACAAUAGCGGCCUCGAUCAGCCGAUUGUCACUGGAAUUCCAUACGGACACACUGGACAUGUGCGAUUCAUCACAUGCGUCGAUCAUUUGGGAAAGCUUCCAAAUAACAACAGUUCAAGCGAUACAGUCGAUAGCACAUCUAAUAAGAAAAAGAAUUCAACAAAUAAAUCACAAGCAUCGACAUCAAAGUCAUCGGAGCACAGUGGUUUAUUGAUUAUAUCAGGUGGCGAUGGAUUUGAAGAAUUCCGAAAUUCCGGAUCGAAUCCACUGAGCGAUAUUGCUGGCCGUGAAGAUAGUACAAAUCAUCUACUUUUGUGGCAAGUUUGAAAAUAGCGGACAUUUUGCGUAGCCGAACAAGUUAUAUAAUGCAGCCAGUGAUUGAUAUUGAUUUAUAUCGCCCAUAUAUUUUUAUAGCUGGUCUAUAUCAAAUUUGGAUAGUAUUUUUUCUGCAUUCAUUUGUAUCAAUCAUGAUUAAUUAUUAAUUCGAUCACUUUUCUUGUGAAUUUCGAUUUUGAAUCAACAAAUCAAUCAAAAUAAAACUUUAAUAAAAAGAAAUUCUUCAUUCGAAAGAAUAAAUGCUGUGACUUUUGUCACAAAUCAGAUAAUACGAUUAUCAUUUAUGUCACUCUACGAAUUGAUUUCGUACAUAUUUCAAAUCAAGUAUUACUUAUUUCGAGUGAGGGUGAACGAGUGCAAGAGCAUGCUCAAAAACCACUCGGUGUAUUACUAUUAUUCUCUCUCCCCCACUCAUGAUGAUUAUAUUAAUAAAAUAUUAAUGGACCGAUGGACUUGCAUGAUGGCUUGUCAACGAUGUGUUACAUCAAAAGCUAUCAACAACGGCAAACAUUUUCGUGAACCAAUUUCAUCGUGCAAAAGGCAAAAGAACUGAUUUCGAACGAAAACCAAUUACCGAAUUUAAAAUGUCUUGAAUGACGGCAUUCAUUUUCAUUAAUCUUCGAAAACAAAUUCAAAGUGUCAAGUUCAAUUCGUUCACUUGAACAUGAAAUAACGAAAUGGAUGGAGUGAAUUGUAUCGCCAGAAGGUCAUAUUACUGUUAUUAUUAUCUAUCAUAUUUAUAUUUAUAGCGCGUUGAAUAUUAAUAAAAGUCAACUCUAUUUGCUCAACUCUUAUGUAUAUGUAUAUACUACCAUAGACCAUAGCUGUAUAUAAAUAAAGCGACCUUUGAGUUUUUCAACACGCAAGCAUUGAUAACAAUGGAUUGAAUCCUAAUCUUUAAGUUAAACUAUAUCACAAGAAUUUCUGAUAAACAUUUCUAUUUCGAAUGAUUUAUCCUCCUGUCGUUUAUAUAUAAAAUAAAUAAUAAUAAUGAAAAUAAAGAACAAUAUCCAAUUCGCUUUGUCUGUCGAUUUUGUUUUUCCCAUUUUUGCCAUGGCAAGGCUUUUGAAUCGUGUAUCCAACAAUCGUGUAUCACAUCAAUCUAUAAUUACAAUUAUCUGAAUAUCUUUGUCUCCGAUUAUUUCAUUGUAAUCAGUUCCAUUUAUAAAGUGAACGUGAUAAUAAGUUGCGACCAGUCAAACCAAUUGCAUGAGAAUUGUCAUUUAUGAAUUUUUGGAUUUUAUAUAUAUGUAUUCUAUAGAAAAUAAUAUUUAAACAAAACUAUUUCCAAAUUUUAUUGCAUUGUUAAGUAUGUGUGUGUAUAUGACCAGGGCAAUUUUCGCUAAAUAAUUAAAUGUCAAACAAACAAAUAUGCCAAUAAAAGUUAACACAUAUCGCCCGUUCGCCCAUCAUUUAGUAUUUCUGCAACAACAAAAAAUGUUUUAAAGAGAAUAAAAUUAAUGUCAAAGGCAAUUUGUGCUGGAGAAAAACUGCCAUCAAAACCACCACAAAAAAAACGUAUUUCUUUGAACAAUUUUCAAACGAAGAAAAUGCGAAAAUAUUGUGUAGUAUUCACUGUUAAAAAUUUAUCCGCUUAAUACAAUUAAAAUGGCCUAAUCGUAGUUCAAAGACAUUGUUCUUCUAUGAUAAGUUGAUCAUUUCACGUAUAAUUAAUCCAGAAAAAAAAACAAAUUGCCUGAAAUGCCAAUAAACCUGCUGAAUGUGAAUUGUCCAACUCUUCCAAGUAAAAAAAACACACACUAUAUAUUGUCCGAACCAUAUCACCGACCGAGAGAUAACCAAAGCUCAGGAAAUGAAAUUUAUUUAAUGCAAAUGUUUAUCAUAUUUUUCACACAUUGACAAUAGAAAUAUUUUUUUUCUCGAUUUUUACAAACGUGUUGAAUCCAUUUUAAAUAUUCCAUAGCACGGAAUUUGCCAGAGUUAAAAUCUGUAUUUUGCCACACAUAAAAAUCAACCAGUUUUACAAUUUUACACAAUUAAAACUAUGAAUAGCCCAAAUCUUCCCAGUAAUAAUGAGAAAUCCAUUACAAAAUGGAAACAUAGUAGCGAUGCCGAUAAUUGAAUGGUUUCUCCUGCAGAAAAAAACCCAAUAAACAACAAAUAUUCAUAUUGUUAUUAUUAUUAUUAUUGAUUGCACCAUUUUUGACAUUUAUCAACCGGACAAAAAAAGA